AUGACGUCGUCGAGUGAGGGCGAGAUACUGCAAGUCUCGCAGGUGAUUCGAGAACGAUGGAAAAUAAAGCAAAAAAUAGGCGGCGGUGGCUUUGGCGAGAUCUACGAAGCCAUCGAUACUCAAAAUCACAACGAACGGGUAGCUGUAAAGGUUGAAUCUAGCAAAGCUGCAAAGCAGGUAUUGAAAAUGGAAGUGGCAGUACUUCGACGACUUCAGGGCAAAAAACAUGCGUGUAAAUUCUACGGGUGCGGACGGAACGACAAGUUUAAUUAUUUGGUAAUGAGUCUUCAAGGGAAAAAUCUUGCCGAUCUCAGACGAGAGGCGCCAAAACAGUGCUUCAGCCUGAGCACCGCCAUUCGUCUGGGUGUACAAAUUCUGAACGCAAUUAGGGAAAUACACUCGAUAGGAUUUCUUCACAGAGAUAUCAAACCGGCGCCAAAACAGUGCUUCAGCCUGAGCACCGCCAUUCGUCUGGGUGUACAAAUUCUGAACGCAAUUAGGGAAAUACACUCGAUAGGAUUUCUUCACAGAGAUAUCAAACCGGUAAGGGUUUUGUCAGUUGCCUUUUUGAAAUGUUGUGUUGAGCGGAUGUCAUGGAGAAGGCACUAUUCGAUUUGGAGUCUUUUUAAUUAG